AUGCUAAAACAAGCGGAGGAGGCGCUUGCAGCACGUAUGAAGUGCGAGGUGGUGGCUGCCCUAUGCGGUGCACCUAUUGGGUCCCUUCAUUACAGGCUGAAGCGGGAUCGAGACCGAACGACUGUGUUCCCCAACGAGUCCAAAGUGAGCAACAGCAAUGGUGACGACGAACUUGAAUAUAUACCAAACCUGAGCGCGGAAGAGCAUUCCAAGGAGGACGAGAAAGGCCUGAUCGUGUCACCACCAUCAGAGGUAAACAUCUCCUUUACGGGCGGUAGAACGACAGGAGAAGAGGGGGCCAGAACAACACCAAGAACAUGA